GGGGAGGGAGAUAGUUUCUUAACAAUCUCAACAGGGGAUGGAGACUCCACCCCCAGGAGGACUUCCUGUCUCUUGAAGGCAGAUCAAUGAACUUUGGGAAGACAGAAUGGUGUAUUCUCCCCAGAAAGAGAAAAAAGUGUUGUCUGGGCAUCUAUCACUUGAAAGGCUCAAGGGGCCAGAGCUCUUGAAAUCACAGAGCAUUGGAUCUUUCAACCAAGGGGUUUGAAGUCUCUGGAACUGAGUAAGGUGAGAAACCUGCUUAGGCAAACCUUGUAACUUGCUGGCAUUUAAGUAUUAGUCUUUAGAACAGUGUUUUUUACUUUUGUUUGCUUGAAGCCCUUUUUAUCUUCAUUCCUUAUCCUUGGUAUCACUUAAACCUAUGAAUUUUUGUUUAAUAAACUUGUUUGACUGUUACUAUAAACCAGUGCAGUGCUGUGAGUGAAAGGAGUGUUUGUCAACUCACAGUUAGAUUAAUGAGCUGCAGUGUAUAGUCUAUUUAAAGGAGCAACACAUUCAAUCACUUCUGUAAAUGUUCAGUAAGAGGGCUAGACAUUGCAGGGUGACAGUUUUUGGGGAAGUUCAGGAUUUGAAAGAUGUUGGGGUCACUUCUCAAAAAGGAACAGUGGUGGAAGCCAGGGUACGACCUGCAUGCUUGGCACCAGAGUUGCAGGGCAGGCAGUGACACAACACCUUACUGGUCUCGCUUGAAUCCCAAAGCAUCACAGUUGGUCAAUGCAAUUUCAUCUGCCACUGUGUUGCGUAGUCAGGGCCCUCUGAAGUUUCUGACAGUCCUCUCAACUAAUCUCAAUAUUGGGUCAUUUUAAGGGUACCCCACUGUUAGCCUUUUGCCAAGUUGGAAAUUGUUGGUUUUCUUUUUCUCAUGCAGUUUCUAAUCCUGUCAAGCUCUGAAAAAUGGAUUAAUUGAAGACUGUCAAAUAAUUUUGCAAUAACUUAAUACUGCUAUACAAUUCCUAGUGGGUGGGAAUGUAGAAUGAGUCACACAUGUAGAGGCUGCUCUGCUGAGGAAAGAAGCUUUCCUAGGUAUGACAGGAUUACACUAUGAGGAAUUCUGUAUACCUUUUGUUUCACCCUGAGGUUCCGCACAGUACAUUUUAAUGUGAACAGUAUUCAUAGAUUCAUAGAUACUAAGGUAAGAAGGGACCAUUCUGAUCAUCUAGUCCGACCUCCUGCACAGUGCAGGCCACAGAAUCUCACCCACCCACUCCUAUGAAAAACCUCACCCAUGUCUGAGCUAUUGAAGUCCUUAAAUCAUGGUUUAAAGACUUCAAGGAGCAGAGAAGCCUCCCUCAAGUCAACCAUGCUCCAUGCUAUUGUUCUGUAUGCAAUUUUAGAAAUUCCUGGUGGGUGUUCUGCAGGAGGGGGAGUCAGCAGGGAGAAAAAGAGAACAGACUAAAAGAAGAAAAGGGGAAGAACAGGAGGAAACAGAAGGGGGAAAAUGCAGGGAAUAGUUAAGACUCUUGAGGAUGGGGAAGGAGAAGGAAGAAAAUGAGGACAGAGAUCCAGCACAAAGGUCCCACUAAAUUCCACAUACCUGCACAAAAUGGGUCACCUAUUCUUUACCUGUUUAGUUAGUAUUGUUUAUGGUGUUUGUUUUCACCUGAUUGAGGAUGUGACGCUGCACCUCAUUCUUCACAGUAAUAAUAUUAUGAUAUGAUUGAUAAGUAAUGUUAAGUGCUAUUGAAAAGUUCUGAUUUGCUGAAUGAUUAUCCUGUUUGUACGCAAGUAUCAUUUUUGUAUCUGAAGUUCUGAAUAUUGACUAUGUAUCUGUAUUUCAAAUGUAGUUACACCUGGGUAAUGCCCACUAGCCAAGAUGCUUUCAGUCUAGAUAGCUGGUUGGGAAGGGUCUAUUCAGGGCAAUGAACCAUUAGGGAAAACAGACCUUAGAAGCUUAUCUCCUACCUAUUGAGCCUUCCUGAGAACAGUCCAGACAGCUUGUAAGUAAUUGCUGCUAUGACUCUACAAGGACAUGCGACCACGCCACAUGAUUCUGGACUUUAUCUUGGGAUGUCAGUGUUUUCCUACAUACUGGUCUGGGAACCAAGUUUUGAAACAAAGGGUUCCCACCGUAUGCUAACGCUAUAUAAGGUAGGGACGUAAUCUUUGGUUCUUCACUCCACACACAAGACGACACCUGGAAACACCUGAGGAACAAAGACUGAACGGGGGGGAAGUGCUGGACCCAGGCUAAAGGGAUUUUUGUGUAUGAAAGACCUGGGGAUUCCAAGCUGUAAAGCAAGUGCAGCUUGUCCCAUAAGAAUCUAGAGCCCACCUGUCUCAUCAGCCAGAGUGGGGAUUUGCUAGUUCAUAUCCUAUCUUUCUAGUUUAGAUUUAGUAAAUAAAAAAAAUGCAAACUAGGUGAUCUGCUUUGAUCUAUUUUCUAUCACUUAAACAUUUCAUAUUUUAAUCUAACCCAGUGAGCUUUGACUGGAGUGCUUGGGGAAAAUCUCUGCUUAGUUACCACAUUAAGGGAGAGGUGGAGCAGGUAUUAACCCCAUAAACUGGCCAGAUUUGACCAGGGCAGGAUAGUCCUGCUCUGGGGUCCUAGACUGGGAAGCUGGUGUUUAAGAGCCUGUGUGUAACUGCAGCUGGGUGUGUCCCUUCUUUUGUGAAUGCUGGUGAAAGUGCAGGCUGAAGGUCUUUGCAGCUUGUCACACCAGCAUAGUGUGUGAGGAAGCUCAGGAUGGUGGGUCAGAGGGCUUAGUGGUACCCCAGUUCCAGGUGGCACCCUGGGGGACCCCAUCAAAGAGGAAUCUCAGCAACUGACACAUUUUAAACAAAAUGCAAAUGGCAUGUCAGUAAUAAUACCUGUGUCAUGGAAAAUAGAGGUAAAAGAAAAGUACUAGAUUAUUGAGUGCACCCCUCCUGGGGCAAGUUUGUGCCUUAUACUUUUUCCUCUAAUGCUCUGACCAGUAUAAUUUUAAAUGUCCUUCUUGCAGGGCUUUAAUAACUACAUUUCCCAGCUAACCUCACUCACUCAUUUUCCAUCUCCAGAGUCGUGGAGAGCGAUUUUUUCAGGAAGCCUAGCUGGCUAUUGAUAUAGUCUCUCUACUAGAGGGUUCUGAAUGUGGAUGAGGAGAGAUGGGAGGAGCGUGAAUUCACUUAAGCUACAGCAAACCACCCAAUGCAGUAAAAGAUCCUGAAAGCUAACGGAAGCCAGUAAAACACAAUGCAGUACUGAGGGAGCAGCAAUGCACGGCUGGCCAUAGAACACACAGGACAGAGGGGGCGAGAGCGCAAAGCUGCUCAAUAUUGCACCAUGCAGACCUGUCUCUGAUAAUUUCCAAGGCAGUUGGGUGGGGGGGAACGGAAGGACACAGCCAUGCAGCCUGCUGCUUACCUGCUCUCCUUGAUGCUUUGUGCCUUGGGGACCUUCUUUCUGGUUCAUUCCAGGCAGGCAGGAGACGCCUUGUUGAUGGAGAGAAGGGCUGAAAACCGAUUUAUGGAGAGGCAGAAUAUCGUCCCCCUCCGUCUGAUUCCCCGCCCGGAAGACGGCCCCCAGACUGGGCAUGGGGUGCUCAACACUCGGGUCAGCAGCCGCUCGGAUCGGAAGCAGUCCACUCAUGUUGCCCGAGCCAGCUUCCAGGUAGAUGCAUUUGGGUCAUCAUUCAUUCUAGAUGUAAUGCUAAACCAUGAUCUGCUGUCUUCAGAAUACCUUGAGAGGCAUAUCGAGCAUGGAGGAAAGACAGUGGAAGUUAAAGGAGGAGAGCAUUGCUAUUACCAGGGCCAAAUCCGAGGAAACCCAGAAUCAUUUGUUGCCUUGUCAACAUGCCAUGGACUUCAUGGGAUGUUCUAUGAUGGGAAACACACUUAUCUUAUUGAACCAGAAGAAAACCACACUUCACAUGAGGAUUUCCAUUUCCACUCUGUUUACAAAUCCAUGUUAUUUGAAUUUCCUUUGGAUGACCUGCCAUCUGAAUUCUGGCAAAUGAACACCACAUCACAAAAGUUUGUUCUAAAGCCAAGACACAAAAGGAGUAAAAGGCAGGUUCAUCAGAUUUCACGUAAAGUUGAGGAGGAAACAAAAUACAUUGAGUUAAUGAUUGUCAAUGAUCAUCUAAUGUGUAAAAAACAUAGAUUAUCAGUCGGCCAUACAAACAGCUAUGCUAAAUCAGUGGUGAACAUGGCAGAUUUAAUAUAUAAAGAACAACUUAACACCAGGAUAGUAUUGGUUGCCAUGGAAACCUGGGCUACUGAUAACAAGUUCACCAUAUCUGAAAACCCAUUGGUGACUCUACGUGAGUUUAUGAAAUAUAGGAGAGAUUUUAUCAGAGAGAAAAGUGAUGCAGUUCACCUUUUUUCGGGGAGUCAAUUUCAGAGCAGUCGGAGUGGUGCAGCCUACAUUGGUGGAAUUUGUUCACUAUUAAAAGGUGGAGGUGUGAAUGAAUAUGGAAAGUCAGACUUUCUUGCAGUGACAUUGGCGCAGUCAUUAGGCCACAAUCUUGGCAUUUUCUCAGAUAAAAGAAAACUACUAACUGGUGAGUGUAAGUGUGAGGACACAUGGUCUGGAUGUAUAAUGGGAGACACUGGUUAUUAUCUUCCAAGCAAGUUCUCCAAGUGUGACAUAGAGGAGUAUCAUGAAUUUUUAAACAACGGAGGUGGUGCCUGCCUCUUCAAUAAACCAUCCAAGCUUCUAGAUCCUCCAGAAUGCGGCAAUGGUUUUGUUGAAGAUGGAGAAGAAUGUGACUGUGGUACUACUGCAGAGUGUGCCAUUGAAGGAGGAGAUUGCUGCCAUUCAUGCACCCUGACUGCAGGCUCAGAGUGCAGCAAUGGGCUCUGCUGUAGAAAGUGUCAGUUUGAAUCGAAAGGAGUUGUGUGCCGAGAUGCGGUAAAUGAUUGUGAUAUUCCAGAAAACUGCACAGGAAACUCCAGCCAGUGUUCUCCCAAUAGUCACAAAAUGGAUGGGUAUUCAUGUGAUAACAAACAGGGUAUUUGUUUUGGAGGAAGAUGUAAAACCAGGGAUCGGCAGUGUAAAUACAUCUGGGGUGAAAAAGUGACAGCUGCUGAUAGAUACUGCUAUGAGAAACUGAAUAUUGAAGGGACUGAGAAAGGUAACUGUGGAAGGGGCAAGGACACUUGGAUACAGUGCAACAAACAGGAUGUGCUAUGUGGUUAUCUUCUGUGUACCAAUAUCUCUAAUGUCCCAAGACUUGGAGAACUUGAUGGUGAAAUCACAUCUUCAGUCAUACAGCUGGGGAAAUUCUACAACUGCAGUGGUGGACAUGUUAAGCUAGAUGAAGAGACAGACCUAGGCUACGUUGAGGAUGGAACACCAUGUGGCCCAGAGAUGAUGUGUUUUGAGCGCAGAUGUCUCCCCACUGAUUCCUUCAACUUCAGCAUCUGCCCAGGCACUACAGAUGACAAAAUUUGUUCAGGACAUGGAGUUUGCAGCAAUGAAAUCAAGUGUGUCUGUGAUCGAUUCUGGGUAGGAGAUGAUUGCAGCACCGCUUACAAAGAUGCUUCAAUUUUUAAUGAAGAUAUGGCAGGCAAAGGUGUUGUUAGUACAAAUAUAAUAAUAGGGGCUAUUGCUGGCACCAUUUUAGUGUUGGCUCUCGUUUUAGGAAUAACUGGAUGGGGUUACAAAAACUAUCGGAGACAGAGACAAAUACCACAGGGAGAUUAUGUAAAAAAGCCUGGAGAGGCCGACUCUUUUUAUAGCGACAUGCCUCCUGGAGUCAGCACAAAUUCUGCAUCUAGUUCUAAGAAGAGGUCUGCUUUUCUGUCGCAUUUUCAGAUUUCUACCUGUUCCAUCACCCAUUAUUCCAUUAGUCAGAACAUUUCAUUGUUUUGCAGCAGGUCAAAUGGAUUAUCUCAUUCAUGGAGUGAAAGGAUCCCAGAUACAAAGCAUAUUUCAGACAUCUGUGAAAAUGGGAGACCUAGAAGUAACUCAUGGCAAGGUAAUAUAGGAGGAAACAGAAAGAAAAUCAGAGGCAAAAAAUAUAGGCCACGGUCUAAUUCAACUGAGUAUUUAAACCCCUGGUUCAAAAGAGAAUAUAAUGUAGCUAAGUGGGUAGAAGAUGUGAAUAAAAACACUGAAGGACCAUACUUUAGGACUCUGUCUCCUGCAAAGUCUCCAUCUUCCUCUACUGGAUCUAUUGCCUCCAGCAGAAAAUAUCCAUACCCGAUGCCUCCACUUCCUGAUGAGGAGAAGAAAGCUAACAGACAAAGUGCCAGGCUUACCUGCUGAUUCUGGAUUUGCUGAGAAUCAAGCUAUCAACAAGGAGGAGGGAACAUCAUAAGGAACCCAUGCUACAGUUUCUGAUGAACAAAUUCAUACAAUGUAUCAGAAAUGUCUGAUUGCUAAUUUGCACAUUAGUAUUAUAUGCAAACAAAUAAGCACAUCUAGUUAAAAAAGGUUCAAUUCUUUAAUUAUACAGUGUGUCUGUGUAUAAAUAUGUUGUGAAUUUAACCUUAAGUCUCAUGAGAUUUUUCUGGACAUGUUUCUUUAAGUACAGAUACUUCUAAAUAACUAACAGUUUUCUCCUUGGUGUCUGAGACUUUGAACCUGCUAAGCUGUUAUAUGUAGGCCCCAUGUAUACAGUACAUUUUACUGUCUUGGGUGAUUAUAAAAUAAUGGGCCUUUAGAGCAUGGCUACAAUUAAAAAAAAGAGAGAACUUUGACAACAGAUUAAAUAUCAAGCCUUUUCCUUCCCCUCCCAUCUCCACUGGUGUUAAUUUAACUCAUCUGAGUCUAUCUACACCAGUGCAACAACUGUUUUCAACAUCAAGGCCACAUUUGCUGAUGUAGGACCUUCUACACUACAAUUUCUAACCAAAUAUGUAACCAGUUUGUUGCUUGGUUGGCUGAGCGUAGUUUGUGGACAGACAUUCCUGCAUGUAAAUUGUAAAAACUAUAGGACAUUUUAACCAGCACCUCCUUACACGUUUGGCUCCUCCAUCCAUGUGUGCCAUAGGACAUCCUAGAGAGCAUUGUCUCACAUGCUGCUGAUGCCCCACGGUGUGCAGAGCUUCCAUGCAUUAUCCCCUCUAUUGGGCAAUAUGGGAUUGCUGGCCAGACUCGUGUGACUGUUGGUGUCAGCCUGUGUGGAUAGCACAUAACUUUUUAAAAGUAUUUCUCAGGCCCAUGGGAUAGAGUCUAAGUCUCCAGAACAGUUUUCAACAACCAUUUGAGAAAAGUCCACAACUGUGUUGCUUAAAGCAGGUAACAGGAACAAGUGCUGGAAACCAUGGCAGGAAAUAGUAAUGCUGUACUGUGUUGGGGUUUUAAGGGCCUGUCUUACACUGGGCAAACUUUAUACCUGGUUUUAAAACCAAUUCAGCUAAGCCAGUCUGGCUUCGUUAACCUCUGAAACCAGAUCUAAACCACAGUUUCCAUCAGUUUUAAAGUCACUUUAGCUGAACCAGUCUGAACUUUUCUGCAGUGUAGACAGACCUGAAUUGUCAUGGGAUUCAGAGAGAAAUGAGGAUUAGGGGAAAUACAAAGAACAAGGCAACUAAAAAGCACUCUCUGCGGAGGGAGGGCUGAGUGACUCAGGAGUCAGAGUGGGGUAUGAAUUCAGCUGGUAACAUUUUUAAUGCUGGUGUUAGUUACAGGAGUUCAAAACCAAGACACCAAUUUAUUUCUGUUUCUCUGCAUUAUUAUGACUUAAAAAUGUUUUCUUUUUAAAAACUUACACAAGGCCUUAAGACUGUAUUCAAGCUUUAGCAUGCUGAGUAUUUUUUUACAAGCAGGUCAGAAACGCCUGUAAAUUUGCCUGACUGACCUUUAAGUAUAGUGGUGCUAGCAGAUAAACAUACAAUACUGUAAGGCUGUAAUACAGUAAGUGCUAAUAUAUCAUAUUGUAAUAGCAGAAGGAUUCCUGCUCACUACUUUUGUAUUUUAUGCUAGGGAAUAAUCUAGUGUAGGUUCAAACUAUGAGUAUAUGACCUGCUUUUUCUUAUGGGUAAAAAAUGUUUCAGUACUUAGUGUUUUAUAUAGACUAUUGUACUUUUCAUUUUUUAUUACAAUCAUUGCGUAGAUGCAAAAUGUUAUUUUUCCAAAAUAGCAAAUUAUGGACUGUUUAAACUGCAGGAGAAAAUACUAUUUACAAUAUGACCACUUUCAGAAAAGCUUUUGGCAUUGUACAUAUCAGUAGAGUCUGCCAGCUUUGUUUUGUGCUAGUAUUUUUAUCAUGUGUUGCUAUAAAAAGAUCUAUUAAUUUCUGAAGCUACCCCCUUAAGUAAAACAUUCAUAGUGGACAAGUACUUGGUUUCACGAUUGGGGACUGGCUAAAGUUGACAUAAACAAUCACUUUUGCAAAUCAUUGUCUUUGCUACCUGAAACCCUCCUAAUUCUUACACUACAUUACACAAACAUCAGAUUCUGACAAACACCAACAAGAAAUGCUGCACAUUCUAUCAUUGCAGCUUUGAGUGUGAUAUUUUUGACAAACAUUAGAGGCAUUGGGCUAUUCAAGUGAGUGAAACUGGCUUUCCUAUAGCUAAACAAAACAUUGCUUUUAUAAAAUAAACUCAUUGUAAUUUGGGGUUCUAAAUUCUUGCACAGUUUUAUUAACAUCGUAAUAACCACUUCUAUGAGAGUAUUUAAUACAAAUGCCUGUGGUUUUCAAUGUUACUGACAUAUUGUAACAUCAGUAAAGUGACUUUCAAUGAAUAAGGCUGUGUUGUGUAUGCAUUUUUUAAAAUUCAUAUAUAGAUACCUUUUAUUAAAAGGCCUCUUAAAUAAGAACACUCAACAUUCAGCAGAUAUCCAGUUUACCACAGUGGACUCCAAAUACUUUUAAACAACACUAUAGAUGCAGCAUGGUAAAUAGCAGGGC